CCUACCAACAAACAAAUUAUAGCAAAAUUAUUUCGCAUUUAAUAAUUACUGAAGGAAAACGUCAUAUCUAUGCCGUUCUUUGCUCAAGGAUGAGAAAGUGCAAGACUUCCUGUUAUGUGUGUGUGACAGCUGUAGAUAAGUGGGGAGGCCCAAACAGGAAACCCGCCUUGCUUCUGCAGCGUGACUUGUCUGAAGCUCAGGAAGCAUCUUAUAUUGAAGUAUUAAUGGCAUGAUUUGCUGCCGCUGUUGCUGCUGCUGACCAAAACAUGGGAGACAUGGUGAAGGAGAACCUAGAGGAGGAAUCUCAGUUGGCUUUGGAAAAUGAAGGUUCCAAGAAUCUAGGAGAGCUUGUGGAAGUCUCGAACAAUGAAAGGGUUAAAUUCGAUGACACUGGCCUAUCCAUGGUGCUGCAAAAUGGCUUGGAGAACCUCCGGCUUGAAAACUCUCUCACAGACGUUACCUUGUGUGUGGAUGGCAUGAAUUUUUCCUGCCAUCGUGUGGUCCUUGCAGCAGCAAGCAAUUACUUUAGGGCAAUGUUUUGCAAUGAUUUAAAAGAAAAAUAUGAAGAAAAAAUAGUAAUUAAGGGAGUUGAUGCAGAAACAAUGCAGAUUCUGUUGGAUUACACGUACACAAGCAAAAUGCUGAUCACUAAGGAAAAUGUGCAGAAAGUCUUGGAAGCCGCCAGCCUCUUUCAGUUUUUGCGGAUGGUAGAUGCUUGCUCCAACUUCCUCAUUGAAGCUCUUCAGCCGGAAAACUGUGUUGGAAUCUUGCGAUUGGCUGAUACCCAUUCACUUGAUAAACUGAAGCAGCAGGUCAAAAACUACAUUAUUCAGAAUUUUACCCAAGUGCUGAACUAUGACGAAUUCUUAGAGUUGCCUGCAGACGUCUUGUAUUGCAUGCUGAAGAGCGAUGACCUCUGUGUCACCGAAGAAGCUCAAGUGUUUGAGACAGUUGUCAACUGGGUACAUUUCAAAAUGGCAGAAAGACUCCCUCUCUUGCCCUAUGUUCUAGAGGGUGUCCGGUUGCCCCUUCUGGACCCUUGGUAUUUUGUAGAGACUGUAGAAGCCAAUUCACUCAUCAGGCAGUGCCCUGACGUUUUCCCUCUCCUUCAAGAAGCCAGAAUGUACCAUUUAUCAGGGAAUGAGAUCAUUUCAGAAAGAACAAAACCCAGGAUGCAUGAAUUCCAGUCAGAGGUCUUUAUGAUCAUAGGUGGCUGCACAAAGGAUGAAAAAUUUGUGGCAGAAGUAACAUGUCUUGAUCCUUUGAGGCGCAGUCGUUUGGAAGUGGCAAAAUUACCAAACACGGAACAAGAAACAGAGAGUGAGAAUAAAAAGUGGGUGGAAUUUGCCUGUGUUACGUUAAAAAAUGAAGUCUAUAUAUCAGGAGGAAAAGAGACGCAACAUGAAGUCUGGAAAUAUAAUUCAUCCAUCAACAAAUGGAUUCAAAUUGAAUAUUUGAAUGUUGGAAGAUGGAGACACAAAAUGGCUGUGCUUGGUGGCAAAGUGUAUGUGCUUGGUGGUUUUGAUGGUAUACAGAGAAUCAACAGUGUCGAAACCUAUGAUUGUUUUCACAACUGUUGGUCAGAGGCAGCUCCACUCUUGCUGAGUGUGAGCUCAUUCGGGGCAGCCACUUGCAAGAAGAAACUCUAUGUGAUUGGAGGAGGACCCAAUGGAAAGUUGGCAACCGACAAAACACAGUGUUAUGACCCAGCUAUCAACCACUGGAGCAUAAAAGCACCCAUGCCUGUUGAAGCAAAAUGUGUCAAUGCUGCAAGCUUCCAUGACCACAUAUAUGUUGUGGGUGGGGCCAUGAGGGCCAUCUACUCUUAUAGCCCCGUCAUGGACACAUGGUGCCUGGUAACACAGCUAAGUCAAGAGCGAGCAAGUUGUGGGAUUGCCCCUUGCAACAACAAGCUGUUCAUCACUGGAGGUCGUGACGAGAAGAACGAAGUCAUUGCCACAGUGUUAUGCUGGGAUGCAGAGACACAGAAACUGACAGAGGAGUGUGUCCUGCCCAGAGGAGUCUCCCAUCAUGGGAGUGUCACUCUGCGGAAAUCCUACACAUACAUCCGCAGAAUAGUACCUGGGGCAGUCUCUGUCUAACUCUUGAAGAAGACCCCAGAGAAGAAGAAAAGGAUUGGUAACCAUGAAAUACCUCAUUUCCCCACAGGUUUUGAAUGGACCCGCUGGGAUGAAACUACUGGGCUAUCACAGUCUUGGCAAGACAACUUUGUAUAUUUGAUGAACUUCCUUCCAUAGGACACAUGCCUUAAAUUAUCUUCAUAUCUAGACUAGGCUAUUUAUUGAUUUGCAGUACCAACUAGUGAGAAACUGAACUGGUAAGAUGCUCUGUACUUAGCAAAGUAGAGUUCUGUGAGUUGCAGUCUGGGGGUGGGGGGAGAGAAAGAGAGAGAGAGAGAGAGAGAUGUCGCUUUGGAUUUUUUUCUAUUGCUAGUCACUUUGGACAUUGUUGUACUGAGGGGCUGGAUACAAAUAUGUUAAAUAAAUAAAAUGCAUAUUUGUUGUUUUGAAA